UUCGUCCAGAACGGUUCUGCACAUGCGCACACCGCGAACAACUUCAUGGAUUGAGGAAUUGAGACAUCGCGAUAGGCGGGCUGCUAUGCAGUUCAGCUGCAGGGGCCUGACGCUGGAAUGCGAAACUACAAGUUAUUUAGUCGAAACAAACAAAUAGGGAAACCCAGCGUUUUAAAAAGAGAGCAACCCCUCGAUCCGUGUAUGGUCUCCGGUGUGAGAGAGCCGUAACAUCCCGGAAUGAGAGGAGACGGGUUAUUUGGACGCAUGCAGCUUUGGGCUCGUUGACCCUCCGUGUUGGCUCAGGAUGGCGCAGGGAGGAUCUCAGCUCGACUAUCACAUCUUGCAGGACCUCAAGCAGCGUUUCCCGGAGAUUCCAGAGGGAGUCGUGUCUCAGUGCCUUCUGCAGAACAACAAUAACCUAGAUCUCUGCUGCCACCUGCUGGCCCAAGAGAGCAACAGAUACCUGUAUGGAGAGUUCCAUCACAGUCCGGAAGAGGCGCGGCAGGGCCGCAACCACAUGCUUCACAUCAACCUGCCCUACCCGGGCUCGGAGGCCAGCAAAUCCAACGGAACGGGAGUGGGUCGCUCACUCGUGCACAGUACCAGCGACAGUCACAUAGAGCCGCAGCGGCCCAGCUACCCCGAACCCAUGUCAGCUCCCGCCACCAUGGCCCCCUCUCCUGGAUACAAUCCUUUUUUUAUGAAUGAUCAAAGCCGUUCGGCAAGCACGCCCACCCCUCCGCCCACCAUGCAAGGCAUGUCGCCCACGUAUUCGCGUUACACCAUGAACCCUGUAACCGUCGAUCUUCCGCAAAGUAUUCCCACCGUCCCGCAGGCUCUCCAGAUCCCUCCUGGACACUACGUGAACAACAGCAACGCCACCCUCUACAUGCGACCCUCGCCCUCUCAGAGCCCACAGCCGGCGCCGUGGCCGUCCUCGGGGACGCCCGUCUAUCAGCAUCAACAGUCGCCCUACAAUACUCCGAAGUACGGCUCUCCUUACAGUUCCCCGCAGCACCAGGUGCAGGCCCAACCUGCGCACCAGCAAUACGUCUUCCUCCCCAUCAGCUCCCAGACCCCUCACAGCAUGGGCUACCACCACCAGCAGCCCCCCCUGCAGCAGCCUACAGUCUACAGGCCCUACCACACCAAAACCCCCCUCGCAAAACAGUUUGACAUGGAAGGUCAGCGACCCCGCAGUAACUCCCCCGUGCACACCCCGCAUCCCCAGGGAACCCUCUACAUGGCCACCAGUACGUCACCCAGCUCCCCUUCCAGAAGCAUCAACUUCAGCGGGUCGCCGGGGCCGACGCCCUACCACCCCGGGAUGUACCUGCAGCCUCAGGGCCCCGCCAGGCCUCGGCCCGCGUCCUCCCCGCAGCCGGCGCAGUCGGCCUACACCUUCAAGAAGAAUAUUUCCCCCGGAGGUCAGGCUCAGAGGCCCCCCAGCUCGCCUCCCGUCGCAGAAGCAGAAUCUCUUUUAAACAUAGUCGACCAAGGGGAGCACAACGCCGCUCCUCCCCCCAUCCUGCCCAUCUCUGCUCUGCUGGGGAACGACACCAACCAGUUUCACCAAAUGCCCCGACGCUCCAGCUCGGGCUCUGACGACUACGCCUACACACAAGCUCUUCUGCUUCACCAGCGUGCGCGGAUGGAGCGCCUAAUGAAGCAGCUGAAGCUGGAGAAGCAGAAACUCGAGCAGCUCAAGGCCGACGUCAAUAACAUGGAGUACGAUGCCCUUCAGAGACGCUUUCGAAGAGUCAACUCCACCAGUCUCAUACCCAGGCCUGAAGAAAUGACCAGACUCCGGAGUCUCAACAGACAGCUGCAGAUUGAUAUCGACUGUACACUGAAGGAGACAGAUCUGCUGCAGUCCAGAGGGAAGUUUGACCCCAAAGCAAUGAACAGCUUCUAUGACAACAUCCAACCUGGUCCAGUCGUGCCGCCCAAACCGGGGAGGAAAGAGGGCGAGCAGGGCUCCAAGCCAGUGUUGGCGCCCCAGAGAGAUGAGGACUUUGAAGGCGCCCAGUGGAACUGUGAAAGCUGCACCUUCCUCAACCAUCCUGCACUCAACCGCUGUGAACAGUGUGAGAUGCCGCGCUGUACCUGAAGUUCAAACUGCACUGUACCACCCGGCCCGCCCCCCUCCCCUCCUCCUCCUCCUCCUCAAAAUCCUCAGACGACGCGAGCCCCAGCCGUCUGGAGUCUGUCCCGAGGUGUCCCACUGUCGAUCAAUGCAUAAGCCCCUCCCACUCGCCGAGGAUGAGCCGGUGGGUUUCCCGCUUCAUUCCUGACAUUUGUGCACUAUGAUCACUGUUAUGUUUGUGGUGGACGAUGGCGCUCCCGAGGCGACGCUCCUCGCCAUCCAGAGGGUCAGACGAGGAGAAGGGACUGCGGUUUACCAUUCCAAAACAAUUCCAUGCAGGAGUGAGUGACUGCCCUGUUUACACUGUGCCCAUUCCUGAACUCUGAAAGGAGGCACCGCCCACUUUAAUCCAGGACCUGCGCCCUCUGACGGCGAGAUGUUGAAGCAUCCACAAACGAGUUGUGACUAAUGUUCAAUGUAGACUGUACACUGUAUCUGGCUCUGUAUGAGAGCUGAUUUCACUGAAGAACACUACACACUUGCAUAUGAGUAUAUUCCUGGUACUUUUAUGCAUACUAUACCACCACGUAUUAUGUGUUCAGAACAUGUUAAUUUCCUGUGCAAAUGCCUCAACUUGCUGUACUUAAUAAAGGAGCUGAUUAUAUGUGACCUGAUCACUACA